AUGGUCCACAGGGGCAUCCUGUACCGAAAAUACCUGCUCUCUCCUCCUCUGUGCCAGAGGCUGGGCUGGGCUCUGGGACCCAGUGGGAACAAGGCAGGUCCACUCCUCGGCCAGGCUCAGACUGGAGAUGUGGCUGCCCUCUUCAUGGAGAACAGUGAGUUCGUGGACCUGUGGCUCAGCAUGGCCAAGGCUUGGUCCAGGCACAAGUCUUGGUUUUCACAGGUGGGGGCCUGUGGCUUCAACAGCUGCAUCCUGACCUUCGUGUACCCCAUCCGGCUGGUGCAUGUCAAUGAGGACACCUUGGAGCUGAUCUGGAGGCCUGGUGGUGUCUGUGUUCCCUGCCAACCAGGUGAGCCAGGCCAGCUGGUGGGCCACAUCCUCCAGCAGGACCCCCUGUGCCGCUUCGACAGCUACCUCAACCAAGGUGACAGUAACAAGAAGAUCACCAAGGAUGGCUUCAGGAAAGAGGACCAGGCCUACCUCACCUGUGGGCGGACACCUCUCCCCAGCUCUUCACAGCCCCCUUCCUCCCUUAGUAGCCCCUUCCUGGGGGAGGGGAAUGAGGGGAACUCCCCGCCGCCUUCAGAGAACACCUCCCGAGGGCUCCCCCACUUCCAGGCCUUGUGGUAAACAAAUCCUUGGGAUCCAGCGAGGACUGCCUGGUCUACACCUCUGAGUCAGGAGCCAGGGCAGGCCCAAGCUCUGCCACACACCACCCCUCCCUAGGCGAUGUGCUGGUGAUGGACGAGCUGGGCUGCCUGUGCUUCUGAGACAGCACUGGGGACACGUUCCACUGGAAGGAGAGAACGUGUCCGCCAUGGAGGGCACACUCAGCUGCCUGUGGGACAUGGCCAGUGUGGCCGUUUGUGGUGUCGAGGUGCCAGGUGUGUGGGGGAAGGCAUGGGUGGGCAGGUGGAGGGUCAGCUGGCCAGUACCACCCAGGGGCUCCCUGCCACCAGCUGCUCACUGUCCACCUUACUGCCUCCAGGAACUGAGGGUCGGGCCAGAAUGGCUGCUCUGGCCAACCCCACUGGCAGCUGUGACCUGGAGCACUUUGCUCAGGUCCUGGAGAAGGAGCUGCCCCUGUACACAUGCCCCAUCUUCCUGUGCUUCCUGCCCGAGCUGCACAAAACAGGUCUCUCCCAAAACCCACUCCAACUCUCAGGUUUCAGAUCUAGCCCCUUGCAUGUUUACUUCUAGAAAAGCCUGGGUGGCUGUCAUUUGACCUUUACCCACAGCCUUACU